AUGGUGAAUGCAAAUGAAUGGUUAAAUCAAAAAAUUCCAAAGAACCAAAGAGCACAGAUAACUCAACUUAGUAUCUACAAACAUUGUCAAAUCGGUCAUACUACACAUAACAAUGGUUGCAAUUAUUGCAAUAAUAGAAACCAAAAUUCUGAUUCAGCCGCCCCAAAUUAUCAAUUCUACAAUACUACUUUGGAAGGAGAGUUAGAUCUUAAUGACUUUGUUAAUUUGCAGCAACUAUAUAUCUGCGACCAGCAUCAAGAUUUAAAUUUAAAGACCGAUAAAUGUAAAAGUUUAACUCGACUAGUAAUUUAUAAUUUUCAGUCGGUUAAAAUUAUUCUAUAUACUCAACGCCUUGUUGGUGAUUUAGCGUUUGAGAAAAUUUUAGAUUAUCAAAUAGCUAUUACUAAAAAUAAGUUGAUGUGGUUAGAUCUUUUAAUAUAUUAUCAACAAGAAGUAUUACAAAAUGACAACACAUUUUUCCGAAAAGAACUAGAGAAAGCUAAAAAUGAAUUGUCUAAUGUGCUUACUAUUGAGGAAAUUACGUAA